CGCUCCAUCGGCCGGAGUUCUCGCGAUGGGGAAAGGAGGAGGAGGAGAAGGAGGUAUAAUUUCGGAAGUACCUCAGGAAGGAAGACUGACAGAACAUGAUUUCACUACCAAUGUUGAUGUUAGGAAUUUGAAACAAAUAAAUUGGGGAUUAUUAGUCCCUGGGAUAAUUGGUGGGACACUAGUAGCUGUGUAUGCAGUUGCUACUCCUUUUUUAACUCCAGCCCUCCGGAAGAUUUGUUUGCCUUUUGUACCUGCAACAUCACAUCAGAUUGAAAAUGUUCUGAAGAUGUUACGAUGUAGAAGUGGAACCCUGGUAGACAUUGGUAGUGGUGAUGGACGUAUUGUUAUUGCUGCUGCAAAAGAAGGAUUCAGAGCUGUUGGUUAUGAGUUAAAUCCAUGGCUAGUUUGGUAUUCCAGGUAUUGUGCUUGGAGAGAAGGUGUCCAUGAUGCUGCAAAAUUUUAUGUUUCAGAUUUGUGGAAGCCAGAGAUCAACUGUCCCUGAGUCACCAGUUGGUCCUCCCAGCAGCUGCCCUCUGGUGGCCCCCAGAGGAGUUCUGAAGAGCUGCUCAGUAACUCUCUGCUUUCUGAUCUAACCAGCUUCCAGCUCCUUCAGAUUCAAGAUGUUGUAAGUCUUCCACAACCUCUCCAAAAGGAAGCCAGGAACAACCAACCUUCUAGUCUCUGUCCCAGAAGUGGGGUGAUGGUUUCUCAUCUGAUGCUCCUAAGACACUCUCCAAAAAUUCCCUAUCUCCGACCUUGUCAGGGUUCCAUGGCAAAUCAUCAAGUACCCCAGGAAAUCUCAGAUCCCUUCUAUAAACCUUAUGUCUGACUACACUCUAUUCUUAACUAAGCUAAUUGCUCCUUCAUUACAAUUAUCAUUACGGAAGUCAAGGGAAAGAAAACCUUUGUCUACGAGAAGAUAAACUUUCUACUUGUGAAAGUUGAAAGUGACUGGAAAUAAUUGAUGCUUCCUAUUCAAGUGAUACCCACUGUCACAGGAAUAAGCAGACCGCCAAUAGGAGUAACAUUUGUAAGCUAGUGUCUGUCUCCAUGAAAAAAAUCACUAAUUAAAAAUAGUUGUUUUCCUAUUACUUCUUGAGCCUCCCAAGUUUUGGAGUUUUCCCCCCCAUGAAAAUGGAUAGAAUUAUUUCUGUACUUAAAUAAAUUUCCAUGGAAAAACCAUUCUCCCAGGAAAGGCCCAAGACAUUUCUUUGGACCACUUGCUAUGUGGAUUGAUCGUACUCAGUCCUGAUCAAUCUAGAUAUGAGUUAUACUGUAUGUUUAUCCUUCAUGAAGUAUGAGCUUAUGUCCUAACCCUUUCAUCAGAUACCUUUAAUUAGAUCACAUUAAUAUAUGCUCUACAUUUAUGACUUCUUCUAAUAAGACUUUUUAAAUGCAGCCCUUGAUGGUUCCUUAAUUCCAUUGGUCAGAAAUUCUCACCUUCUGUGAUCAUAGGUUCAUUGAUUCAGAGCUAAAAGGGAUUUUUAGAAGCAAUCCAGGCCAGGGACCCCCCUCCCUUUUUUUAUUACAUCUGAAGGACCUGAGGCACAGAAAAGAGAAAUGAUUUAUCAAAGUAUGAAGAACCUACUAUGUGUGAGUUUCUGUACUAAGUUCUAAGGGGUACAUAGAAAGGCAAAACCAGUUCUGUCCUCAAGGAACUUACAGAGCCAGAAAUCAAGUUCUUUGACUCUAAAUCCAAUGCUUUCUUCUGUGUUACACUGAGCUAUUCUAAACUAUCUGAUAGCCUUUUUCAUUCAUUGACUAAAGAACACUAGAUUUGGUGUCAUUAGACCCAGGUAAAAAUUCUGGCUCUGCCAUUUAGUAGCAUUGUACCUUUGAACAAUCUCAUAAGUAUUUUUUAGGGUUUUGCUAUGUGCAAGCAAGGCAGAGUUGGGGGACUUCAUGAUUACAACCCUAUGUCUAAAGGAUGGAUAGAAACCUUACCUUGCAGCACUAAUAGCAGAGGUUCCUGGCAUAGACCCAUGUAUGUCUACCAGAUGGUGGGAAAACUUGUUACUGCCUUUGCUGCCACUGGAAAGACCAGUAAAACUUAAAUAAUGAAAAUAAAAUAUUUAUAGAGUGCUUAGUUUACCAAAUAUGUAACAUACGUGAUCUAAUUUGAGCCUCACCACAAUUAAAGGAGAUCAGUAUUUGCAGGGAUUAAUUGUUUUCAGAGGGAAACUGAGGUUUGAGCAUGAUGUUAUUUGCCAGUAGUUACAGCUAAUAUCAGAUAUGGGAUUUGAACCCAGGUCUUGCUUACUUCAAGUCCAGCACUCAAUUUGCCAUUUCAUUCUACUCUAACUAUGGUACUCACCACAUGGUUUUGGGCUGCCCUUAAGUUUUAUAUAUGCCAGUUUUGGGGAAAAGUAUAGUUUUUUUUCUGUUUAUUAUACUAAGAUAAAAUGUUGUUGUGGAAGAGUGACUAGAAAUUUCUUAUCAGUCUUCUUAAUUAUUAAUUAAAUCCUUACCUUG